AUGUGUUUCAAGUUUGUUCGCGUGUUUAUCUUAGUUAACGCAUUUUUAAGUAAUUAUGUGAAUGCUCAAAAUCUAGAUCAAUUUGGUGAUCCACAAUAUCAACCCUCUUUGCAUUUAAUUACAAAUGGAAACAAAAGCUAUUACAUUGGAGAUAUUUUUCAGGGCAACUUUUUUAGAUCGGAACAAUUCUGCAGACAGCAUGGAAUGAAUUUAGUUUCAAUAAGCUCUUCGGAAGAAAAUGAUUUCUUAAAAACUGUCAUUGUGAAACAGGGUAAAAAAUCUGGGGAUGAAAGUGAUGAGUUUUGGACGUCAGGUACGAAACUACCAGAUUCCCAUAAAUGGAUUUGGUUUACCACCGGCAGGACGAUACCUUACUUUAAUUGGUUAAAGGGGCAACCAGAUUCAAAUAAAGAUUAUCAAUGUAUACAAGCCAAAAUUACUAAUGAUGUACUGCAGUGGAGUAAUAAAGAUUGCUGGGAAGAAUAUCACUUUAUAUGCGAAACAACUAGAGCAGUUCUAGAAGGUACGGCAAUCAACAACGAUUACAGUCAUCUUAUAAAUGCUAGGUACUAGUAAUU